GCACCUGUUCCGGCUGAGGGAGAGGAGCGCGGUGCUGCCGCCUGCUUGGGAAACUCUCUGGGCAAAGCUGGGAGUAAUCGGGGUAGUUGCCGGUGCGCUGCGCCCUGGCGCUGCGCUUCUCCUUGCGUUUGAGCAAUCUGUGGCCCGCUGACGCCCCGCUGGGCAUGAAAAAGCGCCUUGUAAGGCGAGCGUGAAGGGGGCGGGGAAGGAAGUCGCGAGCCUAGCUGUGGCCUUGGGGUGACCCCCACCUAGUGGGGGCAAAACAUUGGGAAAGGGGAGGAGCUGUGAAACAGGUGCGCGACUUGCCCGCCUUCCAGCCUCAUGACGCCUGACUGUCUCCCCCUGCAGGCAGCGAAGGCAGGACCAUCACCGCUAUCGCCACCAUGCUCGAGGUGAGGCGGGCAGGCGGCCGCACCGGUUCCCUUUCCAGCUGAGCUGGGAGGAAAAGCGGCAGCCUCAUGGGCGGUUCUCGGUGUCCCCGGUUGGCCCUCGGACUCGCUCCCUCGCUGCUGCUGCUGCUGGCUUGGCUCCUGCAGCUUGGCGUCGUUUCCGGCCUCUCGGAAACUGGGUUGCCCGAGUCGGCUGCAAUGAUGGGCAUCAGUCCCACUCCCAGAGCGGAAAUCCUGCAGGCGGCACCAAGUGGGACCCCUUUCGAGGAGACUAGGCUGCACGUCUUCACCUUGGAUUACCCCCACGUGCAGAUCCCCUUCGAGAUCACCCUCUGGAUCCUGCUGGCCUCCUUAGCCAAGAUCGGUUUUCACCUCUACCACAAGUUGCCCCAUGUAGUGCCUGAGAGCUGCCUUCUUAUUCUGGUUGGAUUAAUUCUAGGUGGAAUUAUGUUUGGAGUACAAGAAAAGUCUCCACCAGUGAUGAAGAGUGAUGUUUUUUUCUUGUAUCUUCUCCCUCCAAUUGUCCUCGAUGCCGGCUAUUUUAUGCCAACACGCCUCUUCUUUGAGAACUUUGGUACAAUUUUCUGGUAUGCGGUUGUGGGGACUCUUUGGAACUCAUUUGGCAUUGGUAUUUCCCUCUUCGCCAUUUGCCAGAUUGAAAUCUUUGGUCUGAGUGAUAUCACUUUGCUGCAGAGCCUGCUUUUUGGCAGCUUGAUUUCAGCUGUGGAUCCGGUUGCAGUGUUGGCUGUUUUUGAAAACAUUCAUGUCAACGAGCAGCUGUACAUCCUAGUUUUUGGGGAAUCACUUUUGAAUGAUGCUGUAACAGUGGUCCUGUACAACUUGUUCAAGUCUUUCUGCCAGAUGAGUACAAUUGAGGCCAUUGACAUAUUUGCUGGAAUUGCUAAUUUCUUUGUAGUUGGCAUCGGCGGAGUUUUGAUUGGAAUCAUUCUGGGAUUUGUAGCAGCUUUUACUACUCGUUACACCCAUAACAUUCGAGUGAUUGAACCACUGUUUGUCUUCUUGUACAGUUACCUGUCAUACAUAACAGCUGAAAUGUUUCAUCUCUCAGGCAUUAUGGCGAUUACAGCUUGUGCCAUGACUAUGAAUAAAUAUGUGGAGGAGAAUGUUUCUCAGAAGUCCUACACUACAAUAAAGUAUUUCAUGAAGAUGCUAAGCAGUGUUAGUGAGACCCUUAUCUUUAUUUUCAUGGGAGUGUCCACAGUUGGAAAAAACCAUGAGUGGAACUGGGCCUUUGUUUGCUUCACCCUCCUCUUUUGUUUGAUUUGGCGUGCACUAGGAGUUUUUGCAUUGACUCAAAUCAUUAAUGUGUUCCGGACAAUUCCUUUAACAUUUAAGGACCAGUUUAUUAUAGCCUACGGAGGCCUCAGAGGAGCCAUAUGUUUUUCCCUUGUUUUUCUGCUUCCUUCUGCUGUGUUCCCUAGAAAGAAGCUUUUUAUUACUGCUGCUAUUGUGGUGAUUUUCUUCACAGUCUUCAUUCAGGGAAUAACAAUUCGCCCACUGGUGGAAUUUUUGGAUGUUAAAAGAUCAAAUAAAAAGCAACCAGCUGUCAGUGAAGAAAUCUAUUGUCGGUUCUUUGAUCAUGUGAAGGCUGGAAUUGAAGAUGUGUGUGGACACUGGGGACACAACUUUUGGAGAGAUAAGUUUAUAAAAUUUGACAAGAAAUACCUGCGAAGACUUCUAAUUAGGGAAAGUCAGCCUAAAUCAAGUAUAGUUUCCUUGUACAAGAAACUUGAAAUAAAGCAUGCUAUCGAGAUGGCAGAGAGUGGAAUGAUAAGCACAGUACCAUCUCUAGCUUCUAUCAGUGAACAUCAGGAAGAAGAAAAAAUAAUUCCUUCUUAUCCUGGCAAGAUGGAUGAUAUAAGAGAUAUUCUAACAAAGAAUCUCUAUCAAAUACGGCAGAGAACUCCAUCAUACAACAGAUAUAGUCUUGCCGAAGAUGCAAAUGAAAAGCAGGCAAAAGAAAUUUUGAUUCGUCGCCGACAUAGCCUGAGAGAGAGUAUCAGGAAGAGCAACAGCUUGUCAAGACCGGUGGCCACCAAAGCAGCACGUUACUUGUCACUACCUAAAAAUACUAAACUCCCUGAGAAAGUAAGGAAAAGAAACCAAUCUUCUUUCAAAGUAAGUGAUGGCAGCGAUUCUGAAUCUGAUCAUAGCACAGUACUGAAUUUAAAAUCACAAGCAGGAAAAAUUUUGAGAGACCAGAGACUUCGACAGCAGCAGUGCAGAAUUGAAUGGAAGAAUGAAAUGGACAGGAAUAACAGAGAGACCACAAGCCACGCUCAGAGAACCAGGGGUUUCAGGCAACCACUUUUGCCAAGACCAGCAUUUGGCACACUGAGCGAAGAUUCGGCUGAAGAUGAUAGAUCAGCCAAGCCAUUGCCACCACCUCGUUUAGUCCGACAGGCAUCAAAAGCUGAAAGGCCUAGAGACAAAUCUGAGAAUAAACCAUAUUGAAACCUACUAAACACAGCAAUUAACAACGAACAGCAGAAGUGUUCUAUAUACUUUGACUGGACAGCUGGAUCCAUUUAAGGGCCAUAGGUACUGGUUGCAUAUGGGAGGGAAAGAAAACUUUUCAGAAAUCAUGCUGUCACUAAGGGGAGAAAACUCUUACCUUCUAUGGAACCAAAUAAUGCAACUAUUUUAUAAUUGUUUUUAAACUUCUGCAAUGAAGCGAAGUUUUAUCAGUUUUAUACUGUACUUUUAAAAUGUGAAUUAUGUUUAUGUGUUUGACACUGGCAAGUUUUAAAUAUGUUGCACUGAGAAAUUGCACAAUGCACCUCUUUUUUAAAGAAAAAAAUGAAUUCAUUCUCUGCAAACAAUUAUGUUAAGGGUGCCUGAUGCACCGAAACACAAUUAAGCGUUGCAAACUGAGCUAAAGCAAGAAAAUAAGGCUACAGUAAUUAGUCAGCACAGUCUUAACUAUAUUAUCUUGCCCAGGUAAUAUGGAAGUUGCCUCUGAAACCCAAAUUUUAAUAUUGUGUAAAGAUGUAAAUAUGAAAGCUUUUGUUUCUAUAGUCAUGUUUUUUACAGUGUGAGAUAAAUGAGAAUAUGCUGCUCUUGUACAUUAUUAGAAAUGCUAAAUUCUACUUGAUAAUUUCAACAACUCUUUGGAUUUGGUUGUUGAAGCUUAUAACUUGAAAGGAAGAAAUUAAUUUAUAAAUAUAUAUGCACUUUUCUGGUUUUUGUCAAUUGUGACUUGAAGUUAGAAAGUUUUAAUAAAUCAGUAAAUGAGCUCAUGCUUCAAUAUUCCCCUCAAUAUUUUGUUUUCAGUCCAAAAUUGUGUCACUUAUGGCCUUUUAAAAAUGAACUUGAUCCUCUCAGUAGAUUUUAUGGAGCCAGAUUUUAUUUGCUGGAAAAUAGUUAAAUUAACUAGUAUUUGCUUAAUAAAUGAAAUCAUUCUACAGAACGGACAAAUGUGAAAUUCAGCAUGAAAAUGGGAUUGGGCUAUGGUAAAUUAUGAUUUUGACUAACAUUGACCAUGUAGUUCUAAGACCAUAAUGCAAUUAUAUUUGGUGCUAACAGUUCAUGCUAAAAUGGUUAGUUUCUUUCAUAUUGCAGAAAGGUUACUGAUGCUUUGAGAAGACUGAUGAUGUAAGCAAUGUCAAGCCUCUAGUGCCAUCUGUUGGAAAGUAUAAAAUACAACUACCUUUUUGUUUUCAAGUUAAUUCUGUUUUGAUCAACAAAGAAUACUAUGUUUAUACAAAAAUAUAAAUAAUUAGCUAAUGGUAUUAGCUUCUGAAUUGCUCAUGUAUCAUGACCCAUUAAAAG